GAAGAAGAUAGUUAAAACAUAGAAUAAUAUAAUUAAAAUCAUCAUCCAUAAGACAUCUUUAUAAUUGUUGGUAUCUGCGUGUGUGGUGGGUUCAGAAAGGAUUCCAUUCCUGUCACCUCACACAUCUGUACAUCUUUACAAAUUGGUGGCAGCGGUGGGAUUCGAAAGGAUUCCUCCCUGCCACAUCUUUACAGUGUGGAAUGUGGAAAGACCUUCAGUCAGAGUGGAAAGCUCCAUUCCCAUCAAAGAACCCACACAGGAGAAAAGCCACAUACAUGCAUGGAAUGUGGAAAGAGCUUCAGUCAGAGUGGAAAUCUACACACCCAUCAAAGGACUCCCACAGGGGAGAAGCCACAUACAUGCAUGGAAUGUGGAAAGAGCUUCAGUCAGAGUGGAGAUCUCCGUAACCAUCAAAGGAUGCACACAGGAGAGAGACCAUAUAAAUGCAUGGAAUGUGGAAAGAGCUUCAGUCAGAGUGGAGAUCUCCAUAUCCACCAAAGGAUGCACACAGGUGAGAGACCACAUAAAUGUGUGGAAUGUGGAAAGAGCUUCAGUCGGAGUGGGCCUCUGCAUAUCCAUCAAAGGAUGCACACAGGUGAGAAGCCACAUACAUGCAUGGAAUGUGGAAAGAGCUUUAGUCAGAGUGGAAGUCUACGCAUCCAUCAAAGGACUCACACAGGGGAGAAGCCAUAUAAAUGUGUGGAAUGUGGAAAGAGCUUCAGUCAGAGUAGAGAUCUCCGUAACCAUCAAAGGAUGCACACAGAAGCCACAUACAUGCAUGGAACACUCUGCGUCGACAUCUGCAUUCGCAUCAAAGGACCCCCUCCCGGGAGAAGCCACAUAAAUGCAUGGAAUGUGGAAGGAGCUUCAGUCAGCAUGGAAAUUUGUGUUCCCAUCAAAGGACGCACACACAGGAGAAGCUACAUGCAUGAAUGGAAUGUGGAAAGAGCUUCACACAAUGUUCCACAUGCAUCAGACAUCAAAGUACUUUCACACAGCUAG